AUGAGUUCAUCUGUACCAUAUGAUCCAUAUAUUCCAUCACAAUCUACUGAGCCAGAGCAUUCAAGAACUGCUGCUAUACAAGCUCAAAUUGAUGAUACCGUCGGUAUAAUGAGAGAUAAUAUCAAUAAAGUUGCAGAAAGAGGUGAAAGAUUAGAUUCAAUCGAAAACAAAACUGACAAUUUAGCUAUCUCUGCUCAAGGUUUCAGAAGAGGUGCUAACAGAGUCAGAAAAGAUAUGUGGUGGAAAGAUAUGAAAAUGAGAAUGUGUUUGAUCUUAGGUAUCAUUAUCGUUUUAAUUGUUAUCAUUGUUCCAAUUGCCGUUCAUUUCAGUUAA